CUGUUAAUCCUCUAACGUAGGCCACUUCUUUUGCCUCCAAAUGAGAGAUUGAUGGUGGGUGCAGUGCAGUUUUAUAAGCAAUAAUAUCUGAACCAGUUGAAGCUCUACUUCCGUCCUACGUUGACAGGAGAUGAGAUUCUGUAUAAGAGCAGAGCAGGCGCAGUCUCUUGGCAUGGUCUGGAUUCUGCAUUGGUUUUUUUCCUCUGAUUUCCACUGGACUUAAUAGACAGAGAGAAGAAAGAAAGCCCUUUUCUUUCCUUCAAGGAUAUUAUUUUUUAUAUAUAAGAGGGGCAAUCACUGUGCGCAUCGGAGAGACAGUAGUAGGCUCAUUGAAGGCUUAAGGAGGAGUUUAUGCAUACACUAUACGACUUUGAAGUUUGAAGCAUAAAUCAGUUCAUUCAUGAAAUUACUAUUUAGAAGAAUUCCCCUUAAAAACCUUACUUCUCUGACUCUAGCAGCCUCUCAACCUUCCAAUAACACCCACUUAAAUCUCAAAACUUGUAUCGAUGCCCGAAUCAUCAAAACGGGUUUUGACCCAAACACUUCUCGAUCCAAUUACCAGGUCAGGAAUCUUAUUGAAAGCGGUCAGCUAUCUGAAGCACGCCAAUUGUUUGAUCAAAUGCCUCAUAAGAACACUGUAUCAACAAACAUGAUGGUUUUGGGCUACGUCAAAGAGGGCAAUCUUUCUAUUGCUAGACAACUUUUUGAUAGCAUGGUUGACCGUACUGCUGUGACGUAUACUAUCUUGAUUGGCGGUUAUUCACGUAGUGAUCAGUUUAGAGAAGCAUUUGAGCUCUUUGUUGACAUGUAUAGGGGUGAUAUCAGGCCUGAUUAUGUGACCUUUGCAACUCUUUUAUCAGGGUGCAAUGACCCCCAGGUGGUGAAGGAAUUAUUUCAACUUCAUUCCCUUGUUGUUAAACUGGGACACAAUUCGGCUCUUGUAGUUUGCAACUCAUUGGUUGAUUCUUAUUGUAAAACACGUCUAUCAGAUUUGGCUUGUCAGUUUUUUAAGGAGAUGCCUGAAAGGGAUUCUGUUACUUAUAAUGCUUUGAUAGCAGGAUAUGCAAAAGAAGGAUUGGAUGAUGAAGCAAUAAAGCUUUUCAUGGAGAUGCAAAGUUUGGGAUUUGAGGCUUCGGAUUUUACUUUUCAGGCGGUUUUAUCUGCUGGUAUUGGCUUAGAAGAUGUAGCAUUUGGCCAACAAGUCCAUGGUUAUUCAGUGAAGACCAAUCUUGUGUGGAAUGUGUUUGUGGCAAAUGCCUUGCUUGAUUUCUAUUCAAAGCAUGAUUGUGUAAAUGAAGCUAGGAAGCUUUUUUAUAAGAUGCCAGAGAUGGAUGGUGUUUCUUACAAUGUGAUGAUCACUGCUUAUGCAUGGAUUGGACAAGUAAAAGAAUCUAUCGAUCUUUUCCGGGAGCUGCAGUUUACAAAAUUUGAUAGGACAAAUUUCCCUUUUGCAACCAUGUUGAGCAUAGCGGCAAAUACACUAGACUUGCAAAUGGGUCAGCAACUUCAUUCACAGGCCAUUGUGACAGCAGCUGAUUCAGAAGUCCUGGUAGCAAAUUCUUUGGUUGACAUGUAUGCGAAGUGUGGAAAAUCUGAGGAAGCUGAAAGGAUAUUCGUGAGACUGAGCAGUAGAAGCACAGUUCCAUGGACCGCUCUGAUCUCUGCUAAUAUUCAAAAAGGACUUCUUGAAGAAGGCCUCAAAUUGUUCAGAGAGAUGCAUAGAGUCAAUGUAACUGCUGACCAGGCUACUUUUGCCAGUGUCUUAAAAGCCUCAGCAAACAUGGCUUCAAUUUCACUGGGGAAACAGCUACACUCGUAUAUAAUCAGAUCAGGAUUUAUGUCUAAUGUUUAUGCUGGAAGUGCACUCAUUGACAUGUAUGCCAAAUGUGGAUCUGUAAAAGAUGCAGUUCAAACUUUUAAAGAGAUGCCUGAAAGGAAUGUUGUCACUUGGAAUGCAUUAAUUUCAGCUUACGCUCAAAAUGGGGAUGGUGAGGCCACCCUAAGAGCAUUUGGAGAGAUGGUUCAGUCAGGUUAUAAACCAGAUUCGGUUAGUUUCCUUUGUGUUUUAUCAGCUUGCAGCCACUGUGGACUGGUCGAAAAAGGAUUGAAAUAUUUCAAUUCCAUGACUCAAGUAUAUAAACUUGUCCCAAAAAAAGAACACUAUGCGUCUAUAGUUGAUGUGUUAUGUAGGAGUGGACAAUUUGACAAGGCCGAGAAGCUGAUAACUCAAAUGCCAUUUGAACCUGAUGAGAUUAUGUGGUCAUCAGUUCUGAACUCUUGUAGGAUUCAUAAGAACCACGAUUUAGCUAAGAGAGCAGCGCAAGAACUCUUCAACAUGGAGGUGCUUAGGAAUGCUGCUCCUUAUGUCACCAUGUCUAAUAUCCAUGCAGCAGCAGGCCAGUGGGACAGUGUUAGGAAGGUGAAGAAGGAAAUGAGGGAACGUGGACUUAAGAAGGUUCCAGCCUAUAGUUGGGUUGAAAUUAAGCAUAAGGUCCAUGUAUUCUCAGCAAAUGAUAAGCGCCAUCCGCAGAUGAAGGAAAUCUUACUAAAAAUUGAUAUGUUGUCAGAGCAAAUGGAAAAGGAAGGAUACAUGCCUGAUACGAGUUGUGCACUUCACAAUGUGGAUGAAUAUGUCAAAAUUGAAUCGCUGAAGUAUCACAGCGAACGGUUAGCAAUAGCUUUUGCGCUGAUCAGUACGCCAGAGGGAUCACCAAUCCUGGUGAUGAAGAAUUUGCGAGCUUGUACAGACUGCCAUGCUGCAAUCAAGGUGAUAUCAAAAAUUGUUGGAAGGGAGAUUACAGUUAGGGAUUCAAGCAGAUUUCAUCAUUUUAAAGGUGGGGUUUGCUCCUGUAGGGAUUACUGGUAAGUCAAAAAGGCUUGAAGAAGCAAGUUUGGAAUUGGAAAAGAGUUGAAAAACAAAAAAAUUGAAUUUUUUCAUUCUCAUUGAUUCGAAGUGUUCUAGCUCACUUACCCCCAUGGCCUUACGGCAAGAGCUCCCCGUCGACGAUAGAGGAACCAACCCGCCUGCUGUGGCAGGGCGCUCUUUUUGUUUCACAAUAAGACCUGAACAAUUAUAAAAUUCUUGAUUCCGAUUC